GGCAACGUGUAAAGGCGCCAGAAGCGAGGGAGAAGGUUUUGCGGUCGGCGCUGGCGCGGAGGGAGUACUUAAAAAGGGGCGGGAGGGGAGAGAGUGCGCAUGACUAUUGGCUGAGGUAGCGUGGGGCACGAUCGCGGGCCUAACUUUCCUUGCUUUCUGUGGAGGGCUAACCUAAGUUUCUUUAAGUUCUGUUCCUCCUACCCAAGGGUUCUCCCAGCAACGCAUUUCCUGAAAUGCUGGUACGAUGUCAUUUGCAGCAUGACACUUCAAAGUGUUUUUAAAAAUGGAAAAAAAGAGGAUGAUUGGUAAGUCCCUCAAGCCAGCAAGACCUGUGCGCCAUCUCUGCUCCCAUGCAGCAUCCUUUCCUACAGUAUCAGCAAUCAGUUUCAGCUUCCAGCCUAAGUUUCCCUGCAGCAGUCCCCUAUGUCUGAAUAAUGAAAUCAACUCUAUGUAUAAAUCUAAAGGUAUGCUGGUCUUCAAUGGAGCACUACUUUCAGGUUUACCAGAGCAGAACAAACCUGAAGUUACAAAAGAAAGAAUAACAUACAGUAGAGAUUUCCUUUUGAAACUUUCAGAGGUUUCACUUGCCCAAAAGAAACCUGAGUUUCUUCCUGAUCAUCCUAUUGUGCUUGAAAAACCAAAAAAGUACUAUUUACUUCCUACUUCAAGUGAUGGUAGGUCUUUAUGAAGAUACGUCUUUCACCACUGAAAAACAAGGAAACGUGAUCUAUAAUCCAAAAGACAGUAAUCAAUCUUUUAUGGUUGGUGUAUUAAUCACGUCAUGUCAGAAGUAAAGUUAUUUUCAACAGAAAAUGUAUGUGGAUCAACUUCAAGUUUGUCUGUCUCAGGAAUUAUUGUUUACCGAACUUUUGUUAUGAUAACAAAGAACAUUGCUGAAAUGAGGCAAGACCACUGUCACUUGUAAAUUCCAGUAUUAUACUUGUAUCUUGAAGAUUAAAUUUUCCUUACCAUAUUUCUGCAACAGAUUAAAAGCCUUGACUUAUGAGGUCACAUUAUAUGACUGGCUACAAAGAACUUGUGGCUGCAUGUACUCUGUGGUAACUGCCCCAUGCUCAGGGUUCUUAAAUGCUGCAUACGGUGUUUGCCCACAACCUUAUCUGAAAUGGUGUUUAAAUGCACAAAUUUAACAGUGUACUUGAAGCAACUGACACUUAAACUGUAAAGAGUAGACAUGUUCUAGAUGGGCGGUAUAAGUCUAAUAAAAUUAAAUAAGCAAAGUUAUAUACUUUAGU